AUGGCUUCGGAUGCAGAAGGACACGUGCUGGGCAACUUCCAUGCGUACUAUAGCUUCAACCCGGUGCACGAACGUUUGCGGUUUAUGGACGUCCAGACGGCCAAUGCUCUGAGACGUGCGCUGCUUGUGAAGAAGGACAAGAGUGAAGCGACGUGCACCGUGCUCGACGUUGGCUGCAACGAAGGUGACCUGACGAUUGGCCUCUACGACGCAUUGAACGGACGUGCGACUCUAGUCGAUGCCAAUCAGAUCGACGAUGUGGCCAACUUUGACCUCAAAAACAUUAGCACGCUCAAUGAGCGCAUGCAGAAGGAAAAGAAACAGGUGGAAUACUUGAUCCAGGACGAGGGCGAAACCAGCCACCGCCGACGCUAUGUGUGCGAGCUACAGAUCGACGGCAAGACGAUGGGCCAUGGCGAAGGCGUAUCGAAGAAAGUAGCCAAGGCUAAAGCAGCCGAAGUCGCUCUACGCAUAUUGGAUGGUACGGACAGCAAGAUGCCAGGAAAGGAGACUUCCGACAAAAAAGUUGUCCCGGAGCUACUUUCACUAACGGAAGAGGAACUGGCAACGAGGAAGCCGCUCAUGGUUCUCGGUGUGGAUAUUGACGAGGUGCUGAUUGAACGUGCUGCCAAGAAGUCUGUGCUAUUGACAGAGGAAGACGCAGUGCAGUUUCGCCACGUUGAUGUCAUGAUGAGCAAGUUUAGCAAGGAAAUCGCACCGUUCUUGGAGCUGGCGCAGCGUUUAACAGCGGACCGGAAGUUUGACCUCAUCACUUGCUUUAGCGUGACGAUGUGGAUACAUUUGAAUAAUGGAGAUGACGGGCUAUGGAAGUUCCUCGAGACGGUUAGCGAUAUGACCGAGCACCUCAUCAUCGAGCCGCAGACGUGGAAAUGCUAUCGCAACGCGCAGAAGCGGUUGACCCGCAUGCGGGUUGAGGUACCCCAGUCCUUCCGCAAGAUCAAGGUGCGUACGGACGUCGUGGAGAAGAUUGAUGCGUUUCUGCUGGCUGCGGGCCGAUUCCGCUACAAGGCACAAUUGGGCAAGACCAACUGGUCGAGGAACGUCGUGCUCUACAGCCGCAAGACUGUGCCCGGGAUCACUUAUACCUCUUGA